AUGCAGGCGUGGCUGGUGAAAGGUAACCUGGGGGUCUGGAAACCCUUCGUCUCCAUGGAACCCUGUUUCCAAGUGGGUCGGUUCCGUGACCCUGGGCUCAGGAAAGCCGGUGCCACCAGAAGGGCAGGUUCUGAGAUAGGCUGGGCCCCUUGUGGGUGUCACAGCAGCCACAAGAGCGCUUGUGCCAUCCUGCGGGACACGGUGGAAGCCUUUGAUAUCUUUCGAGUCACAGUUGGCUCCGGGAAGAGGUUUGAUGAAAGAUCGAGUAGAAGGCAAGGCGAGCGUCUCCUCCUGCUAUCUGGUGCUAAAGAGUGCAAUGGCGUCAAGGCUCCCAUUGACACCAGCAAACCGAACCCGAACGAGGUGGAGUUUGAUAACCUCUAUUUGGACAUGAAUGGUAUCAUUCACCCCUGUACGCAUCCGGAAGACAAGCCAGCGCCCAAAAAUGAAGAUGAAAUGAUGGUUGCGAUUUUUGAGUAUAUUGACAGGAUCUUCAACAUUGUAAGGCCACGGCGACUGCUUUACAUGGCUAUAGACGGAGUGGCUCCACGUGCAAAAAUGAAUCAACAGCGGUCAAGAAGAUUCAGAGCAUCAAAGGAGGGCAUGGAAGCUGCUGAAGAGAAGCAAAAAAUAAGACAAGAAAUUCUGGCAAAAGGUGGCAUUCUUCCUCCAGAAGAAGUGAAAGAGAGAUUUGACAGCAACUGUAUUACCCCAGGAACUGAGUUUAUGGACAAUCUUGCGAAAUGUCUCCGCUAUUACAUUGCUGACCGUCUGAACAGUGACCCAGGGUGGAAAAAUUUAACAGUCAUUUUAUCUGAUGCUAGUGCUCCUGGUGAAGGUGAACAUAAAAUCAUGGAUUACAUUAGAAGACAGAGAGCUCAACCAAACCAUGACCCAAACACCCAUCACUGUCUGUGUGGGGCUGACGCUGAUCUGAUUAUGCUUGGGUUAGCUACACACGAACCAAACUUCACUAUAAUUAGGGAAGAGUUUAAACCAAAUAAACCCAAGCCGUGUGGUCUGUGUAACCAGAUGGGUCAUGAGGUUAAGGAUUGCCAAGGUUUGCCCAGAGAAAAACAAGGCAAGCACGAUCAGUUUGCAGACAGUCUUCCUAUCUCCGAACAAGAAUUUAUCUUCAUCCGAUUAUGUGUUUUGCGAGAGUAUUUGGAAAGAGAACUCACUAUGGCCAGCUUGCCUUUCACUUUUGAUUUUGAAAGAAGUGUUGAUGACUGGGUCUUUAUGUGCUUCUUUGUGGGAAAUGACUUUCUUCCUCAUCUACCAUCUUUGGAGAUCAGGGAGGGAGCAAUUGAUCGCUUGGUUAACAUAUAUAAAAAUGUGGUGCACAAGACUGGGGGGUACCUCACAGAAAGUGGUUUUGUCAACCUGCAGCGAGUCCAGAUGAUCAUGUUAGCCGUUGGAGAAGUUGAAGAUAGUAUUUUCAAAAAAAGAAAAGAUGACGAUGAUAACUUUAAAAGACGGCAAAAAGAAAAAAGGAAAAGAAUGAAGAGGGAUCAGCCUUCUUUCAUUCCUGGUGGGCAGUUUUCCCCGCAAGCUCUGGGAAAUCGAUCUAGUCCUCAGGCAAUCAGUAACCCUAGGCAAGCUGCCUUUGAGAUGAGAAUGCACGACAGACAGAACUCUACAACUUCAUCUCCAAAUACCAGCUUCACUUCUGAUGGCAGCCCAUCCCCGGCAGGAGGAAUUAAGCGAAAAGCUGAAGACAGUGACAGUGAACCUGAGCCAGAGGAUAAUAUCAGGUUAUGGGAAACCGGUUGGAAACAGCGCUACUAUAAAAACAAAUUUGAUGUUGAUGCAUCUGAUGAGAAAUUCCGUCGUAAAGUUGUACAGUCCUACGUAGAAGGGCUUUGCUGGGUUCUCAGAUACUAUUACCAGGGCUGUGCCUCCUGGAACUGGUAUUACCCUUUCCACUAUGCUCCCUUUGCUUCCGACUUUGAGGGUAUUGCGGACAUGCCUUCAGAUUUUGAGAAAGGCUCAAAACCGUUUAAGCCUCUUGAACAACUUAUGGGAGUAUUUCCAGCUGCAAGUGGAAAUUUUCUGCCACCAACGUGGAGGAAGCUCAUGACAGAUCCGGAAUCAAGCAUAAUUGACUUCUACCCUGAAGAUUUUGCUAUUGAUUUAAACGGGAAGAAAUAUGCUUGGCAAGGUGUUGCGUUAUUGCCAUUUGUUGAUGAGCGACGCCUUAGAGCUGCCCUGGAAGAAGUCUAUCCAGACCUCACCCCUGAAGAAAGCAGGAGAAAUAGCCUCGGUGGGGAUGUUCUCUUUGUUGGAAAACACCAUCCGCUUUGUGACUUCAUUGUAGAGCAGUACAAGACCAAAAAUACCGAGCCAGUGGAUAUACCGCCAGAGCUGUGCCAUGGAAUCCAGGGAAAGCUGACGCUGAAUGACAACGCCGUUCUUCCAGACCAGACGGUGGAGUCACCUGUUCCAAUGCUGCGUGAUCUUACACAAAAUUCUGCAGUCAGUAUCUCAUUCAAAGAUCCACAGUUUGAUGAAGACUUUGUUUUCAAGGCUGUAGUGUUACCUGGUGCAAAGAAACCUGCUCCAGUUCUGAAGCCAGGAGACUGGGAAAAAACCAACAACGAUGGCAGGCCUUGGAGACCGCAGCUGAAUUUUAAUCGGGACAGAAAACCAGUCCAUUUGGACCAGUCAGCGUUCAGAACCUUAGGCCAUACGAUGCCAAAAAAAAUGUAUGCCAAUGCCGUACCUCUCGGAGCUUAUGGGAGCCCAUACGCCAGGCCGCUUCUGGGUGGACAGCAGCAGAUUCCUAGGUUGUUGUCAAAUCUCAGACCCCAGGAGUCUUGGCGAGGUCCGACACCCCUGUUUCCACAGACCCCGCAAAGAACCGCCGGGGCUGCUCCUCUGCUCGCCUGGAACCGCAUGCUGCAGUCCCAAAACCAGUACCCGCCCAGUCAGUACCAGGGGCUGGGCGGACCCAUGGGUUACCCGCAGAGACCCGAAGAUCAGAUGGACAGGGGAAGACAGGCAUACAGCCCUGGGAGGCCCUACCCGCUACCACCGCCCGCAGGAAGAUACAGCUGGAAUUAG